AAAGCAGCAAGAGAGAGAAAUUAAAAAGGGAAAAAAGCCCAAUAGCCUGGAGAGACUUGUAUGUUUGCCCUUUGUAAUGACGUAGUGUCCUGUGCCUCUCCCCUCAUUCCCUUCCCCUCCCUUCGGCCAGCCCCCACCCCUCGCCCCUCACAGCCUUGGAAGCCACAGUUAAGCGGCUCUGGGAUAAAACACACUGGCUGCAGGAGGACUGGGGCAUUGCUUCAAGAGAUGGCAAGGCAGCUGGCUGCAUCCCUCCUUCCCGGAGUCCUCCUCCUCCUCCUCGCCAUCCUCCCGACUUCUCGGCAAGGAGGGGUGCCUGGUGCUGGAGCGGGAGUUCCGGUUCCUGGAUAUUACCCAGGAGCUGUUGGGGUUGGAGGCCUAGGGGUUGGAGCUGGACUCGGAGGUGCAGGGCUCGGUGUUGGCGCGAAACCUGCCAAGCCAGGCCUCGGGGGACUUGGCGCACUUGGCCUGCAGCCAGGUGGUGUAGUCCAGCCAGGUUUCUACCCGGGCGGCCUCUACCCGGGGGCUGGGCUGGGAGCCUAUAAAGCUGCUGCAAAAGCUGGUGCUGGUGUGGGCGGAGUCAGCGGUGUGGGUGGACCCGGCGGUGUUGGGGUCUCCACAGGUGCUGUAGUGCCCCAGGUUGGGGUGCAGCCAGGAGUAGGCGCUGGAGGGAAACCUGCCAAGGUACCAGGUGUUGGCAUUCCAGGUGUGUACCCGGGCGGCGUGCUUCCAGGAACAGGGGUCCGUUACCCUGGCAUAGGCGUCCUGCCUGGUGUGCCCAUUGGGACUGGAGUCAAGGCAAAAGCCCCAGGAGCAGCAGGAGCCCUUGCAGGAAUUCCCGGAUUUGGAGGCUUCGGGGGCCAGCAGCCCGGCGUCCCUCUGGGAUAUCCCAUCAAACCCCCCAAGCUCCCAGGUGGCUAUGGGCUGCCCUACAGCACUGGAAAGCUGCCUUACGGGUACGGACCAGGCGGGCUAGGUGCUGGUGCUGCGGGAAAGGCAGGAUACCCCACAGGGACAGGAGUUGGAGCUCAGGUAGCAGCAGCUAAAGCAGCAGCAAAAUAUGGUGCUGGCGUCGUGCCUGGUGCUGCUGGCAUCCCCGGAGUCGGAGGUCUCGGAGGCCUGGUGCCCGGAGUUGGGGGUCUCCCUGGAGUUGCAGGUGUCCCUGGGGUUGCAGGGGCUGAAAGCCCAGCGGCAGCAGCGGCAGCAGCAGCAGCAGCAAAAGCAGCCAAGUACGGCGCGGCUGGUGUUGGAGGCCUGAUGCCCGGUGUUGCCGGUGUUCCUGGUGUGGUGCCCGGUGUCCCUGGUGUGGUGCCCGGUGUCCCUGGUGUCCCUGGCGUGGUGCCUGGUGUCGGCGGUGUCCCAGGAGUUGGAGCUGGAAUACCAGCAGGAGCGGCUGCAGCAGCAGCAGCAGCAAAAGCCGCCAAGUACGGCGCGGCUGGUGUUGGAGGCCUGGUGCCCGGUGUUGCCGGUGUCCCUGGCGUAGUGCCCGGUGUCCCUGGUGUGGUGCCCGGUGUCCCUGGUGUCCCUGGCGUGGUGCCCGGUGUCGGCGUUGUCCCAGGAGUUGGAGCUGGAAUACCAGCGGGAGCGGCAGCAGCAGCAGCAGCAAAAGCCGCCAAGUACGGCGCGGCUGGUGUUGGAGGCCUGGUGCCCGGUGUUGCCGGUGUCCCUGGCGUGGUGCCCGGUGUCCCUGGUGUGGUGCCCGGUGUCCCUGGUGUCCCUGGCGUGGUGCCUGGUGUCGGCGGUGUCCCAGGAGUUGGAGCUGGAAUACCAGCGGGAGCGGCAGCAGCAGCAGCAGCAAAAGCCGCCAAGUACGGCGCGGCUGGUGUUGGAGGCCUGGUGCCCGGUGUUGCCGGUGUUCCUGGUGUGGUGCCCGGUGUCCCUGGUGUGGUGCCCGGUGUCCCUGGUGUCCCUGGCGUGGUGCCUGGUGUCGGCGGUGUCCCAGGUGUUGGAGCUGGAAUACCAGCGGGAGCGGCAGCAGCAGCAGCAGCAAAAGCCGCCAAGUACGCCGCGGCUGGUGUUGGAGGCCUGGUGCCCGGUGUUGCCGGUGUCCCUGGUGUGGUGCCUGGUGUCCCUGGUGUGGUGCCUGGUGUCCCUGGUGUGGUGCCUGGCGUCGGCGGGAUCCCUGGCGUGGUGCCCGGUGUCGGCGGGGUCCCAGGAGUUGGAGCUGUAAGCCCGGCAGCAGCGGCAGCAGCGAAAGCAGCAGCAUACGGGGCUGGACGCAUACCAGGUGUGGCACCCGGAGUUGGAGGCUUGGUGCCUGGUGUUGGUGGAGUCCUGGUGCCUGGUGUUGGAGGAGUCGUCAGUCCGGCAGCAGCAGCCAAAGCAUCAGCUAAAGCAGCCAAGUACGGAGCUGGUGGUGUCGGAGGCCUGGUGCCCGGUGGAGUCAGAGGCCUGGUGCCCGGUGGAGUUGGAGGCCUGGUGCCCGGUGGAGUCGGAGGCAUCCCAGGACUCAGUCCCGCAGCAGCUAAAGCAGCUGCCAAAGCAGCCAAGUACGGUGCUGGCCUCGCACCUGGAGUCGGCGGGGUGCCAGGCUUAGUGCCUGGGGUCGGCAGGCUGCCAGUCGCAACGCCGGGGGCUGGUAGGCUGCCAGUUGUAACGCCGGGCACUGGGGGAGUGCCAGUCUUUGUGCCCGGUGCAGGAAGAGUGCCAGGCACGGGCAUUAUACCUGGAGCAGGGAUUCCCCAGCUGGGCGUGCAGCCAGGCGCCAAGCCUCCAAAGUACGGGUUCGGUGUUGGGGGCCUGCAGCCAGGGGCUGGAGUUCCUGGCUUCGGUUUGUCUCCCAUUUACCCAGGUGGACUCGCUGGCCAGCUGGGAUACGGUGGAAAACCUCUCAAGACCUAUGGUGGGGCCCUGGGAGCCCUGGGAUACAUAGGUGGCGUGGGCUGUGCGCAAGGGAAGUACUGUGGCAGGAAGCGGAAGUAACCCAGCCAGGCUGCUACCAUUAACCUCAUGAACUUUGGUGCUACUGCAUGGUCUAGAAUGUAAACCCUGAGUAAAGCAGUGAUCCCGCCCCCCUCCCCCGCUCCCCCCGCUGGCCCCCCGGAGGGAACUCCACGGCCGCCCCCUUCACUCCAGCCUGGGGGUCCCCGCCCUCUCUCCAGCGGGAAGCACAGAACAAACUGCGGGAAACAAUGAUCCCACUGGUGCUAAAGCUCCCUGCAGAGAGAGCCAGGCAGGCCUCCGUAGGGUGGGGCUUCUCUGGGCAGGGCCCCUCCCCAGGGGCCCUGGCGGGGAGGAGAUGGGGGCUGGUUUCCAAGAGACCAGCGAGGGGCUGGGCUCCACCUGCCGCCAGCACAUGGGCGAAUGGCCCAUCAGCAGCGCCUGGCUCCAGCACAUCCCAGCUGCUCCCAAGACUCUGUCCAGCUGGCAUUGGUGCCAUGUGCCAGGGACUGCUUAGCAGCUAGCCAGCCUUGAUCCCCCACCUUUGUGUCUGUCAGCCCCAUCCGGGCCUGCCCGCCCCAGGGCAGGGUGCCACGGGAUGGGGUUCGUGGGCUCCAUGCAGGCGGGCAGGGGAAUGCCUCCUGCUCAGACACUUAUGCCAGUGGGGCCAGUAGGGGCUCGUGAGUGGGUUAAAUUCACCCCCGAGUUCUUUGCGACAGGGCCAUCUGAUUGGCUGACCUGUCCUCGCGCUGGAGGACACGACCCUCCCGGUGCGUGGGGAGGGGCUGGCACUAUCAGCAGAGCCAAGUCACUAACACUGAUGGGAUUAGCCAUGCGCCCGCCCUCACUCAGCAGUACUGUACGGGCAGCCGGCACCAGCCCAGCCCUGCCGUGUCUCCGAGGCCCCGCUGGGACCUGCCCUUCCUCUUGCCCUGGAUGCCCGUGUGUUCCUGAGAGCCGUGGGCCAGAAGGAAUUGCACCUCUCCAUGUUACUCACUUGGUAUAGCUCGGGUGGGACAUGUUAUAAAGAGGGAAAGUAACUGCUUCCAAACGACUAAUAAACAAUGACUUCUAAACGA